AACAUACACAAAAGUCCAGCACAUGCACAUACAAUGCGAUGGGUCCAUGUGCGUGAGGCCACACGGCCGUCAAUGCAAGCACACAGGUCGAUAGACCGACAACAUAGCGCCCAGCAAGACAAAAGACACUCACAAUCUCAGUCGCGGAUCAUCAGGCAGUGCAUGGACAUCCGCAGAGUGCAUCUGUGAAUGCAGGGCAUCAGGAUGGCCGAGAUGACGCCCUGGACAGCUAAAGGCCAGAACAGAUUCCAAAUGCGCAGAAACUCCUGCCAUGUUUGUCCGUGUGGUAUGCCGUCGACUGUCUUGCCAUUAUAGCAACCAUGGCACCGUCCCUUGCUGUCAUAGAUGGCCAGGUUGGUGAUGUGGCCCUCGCCUUUCAUCUGUCCCUCAGCCCGCUGACCCUCAUAGCACAUACCGCCUCCUCGCUGUACUAUCGACCGGCCGUGUCCGUGUUGCCGUCAUGCUGGACUUAAGUCGCCCUCGUAAACCAUCCAGCCGUCAUGCGGAAACCUUCUUUGUUGCGCAGCUGGCAUGGCACGUAUUCCUUCCGACGUCCAUGCCGUUUGCCGGUCUACCAUUCACCAAGUGUGUAGAUGACAGAGCCGUCGUAUGUGCGCAAGGUGCCGGUGCCGUGGGGCUGCCCAUCAUAGACGGCCUUCAUCCUUCGUGUCGGUUGUAUCUUCGUCCCAAGUAAGGCUGCCCAUCGUGAUGGUGUUGGCCUCCAGCUACCAAAUACGGCUCUCCAGAUCACCGUGACGCUGUCUGCCGCCAUCUCUCUCGGCUCGGCUCUGAGCCCAUCCUCCAGCUCCUACUGCAGAACCCUCGUUUAGCCAUUCAUUCCUCUCAGCUCGCCAUGCCUCCCUAUCGGGGCUCGGUGUCUUGCCUCCAUCUCCUGUAUUUAUCUCGUGUGCUGGGCGGCGAGCGCCUGUUGUGAGCUCCGCAGCUGCUGCAUGUUGUCGGCAUGGGCCACAGUGAAGGCGCUUGAUAGCGAUUGGAAGAUAGGGCGGCGUCGUGGUGAAUGGCAGAUCCGCACACACUACGCCUUAAGAGGCUGCUUUCGGCUCUGGUUCUUGUCCGCACCCUUCUGUCGGCCGGGUCGCUGUCUGACCUCACCCACAGCUCCUUCCUCCGCGUCAGCCUUGGGUUCCGGCGAAGGAUCGGACACAUGGGACGAUGCAAUCGUCGACGCAGGAGCAUCCUUCAAGCAUUGCUUCCUGAGACAAACGACAGUAGACACGUUUCUUUCUUUCCGCUUUGACUGCCUUGGUGGUACGUGCCUGACCUCUCGUCGUCCCAUUUCCUCUGCAGGCGGCCGUACAGGUCCACGCCGGCUGCGAACGAGAACUCAGACUUGAUGUCGCCGUUGGGCUUGAGACCGCAAGCAAUCACUGACAGCUGCGAAUGUGACAGCCCAGAGAAGUCGGGCGGGGUGAUGUCGCUCCAAUGCUCCGGGGAGAGCUGACGGAAACCUUUUUCGACUUUCCUGACCAGCUCGGAGGUGUCCUUCGAACCGCCCGCACCCAUGGCUGUUCAAGGUCACUUUUCC